AAACCUGUUUUUAAAAUAUAAUCAAUUCUAUUGUUUUCUUUUUACUAUAAAAAAUAUAUUUCAGUAAAAUAUUAUCAUUUAAGAAUAUAUUGGAAAGAAAAAUAUUUGUUUUUGAAAAAAAGAAAAGAGCUGAAGAAUGCAAAAAUUGGGCAUUAAAAACUGACACAGAAUUUUAUAUUUUUACAGACGCAAGUUAGCUAGCAUACAAAUUAAAGAAAAUACGUAUAACACAACAUAUUCGACAUUAAAAAAAAACGGAUAAUAUAUAUUUAAAACUUUAUAAUAAAUAUAUAUAAGAACAACUAAAUACAAAAAAGCCAGCUAAGAUCUUCAUAGUAACGUAAUAGCAUCAACAAGCAUUCUUAGCUACGACAAAAGCUUCAACCAUUAGAAGGCUUAAGUGUUUUUUUAAAAGUCGUGAUAAAACAUUAAAGAUUACGCAUAGAGUAAGAUAUAAAGAAAACAUACAAGUAUUAAAGUGGAUCGUGUUUGUCUAAUUAUAAUCGAAGGAGAAAAAUUUGAGUUAUUUCAAUAAAAACACAUCUAAAACUCGUUAAGAAGAAACGGUUAGCACAGAAGACAUAAUUAAAUUUGGAAAUAUAUAUUUGAAUAGCUCGUUAAUUUACAGGCACUUUCAAAAAGAUCUAAAUUGUCAACCAGAAAAGACAAGAGAUUUUAUGUUUGAUAAGAGAGGAGUUUAUAUAUGGACCUAAUUAAGAGUUGCAUGAAGAAACAUGGCUGCUCACCUGCUAAAGCUCUAUGUCGUGGUCAUAAAUAUAGGUUUCCUGACAACUAAUCCAGGUCAGUGUCCAAUCUUUCCAGUGGUUGGUAACCGACAUAAGAGCUGCUAUCUCAAAGACAACUGCUUUCAAGAUUCAGAAUGCAAAAAAACACAAAAAUGUUGCGAGAAUCCUUGUGGUAUCAACCGAUGUUAUGAAGUCGAUCAAGAUCCCUUGCAAAAUAUAGAGAAAUGCCCUAUCAUUAAUGAAGGUAUAGGCUGUCAACAAUCAAAAACAAAGUUUUGCUAUGCUAAUGAUUGUAACAGGUGUUGCCUCCAUAAAAACAAAUGCAACCCUGCAUCUAUCUUGCUAACAAAUGCAGAAACAUGCUACGAUGAAAUCUGUUCGAGACAUAAGUGUAAACAACAAGGCGAAGAAUGCUUAGUCAGCGAAUCCAACCACAAGCCCUACUGUAUAUGCAUAAAAAAGUGUAUUAGUGAACGAAAUUACGUUUGUGCUACAGAUGCACGAAACACCAAAACAUUUCUGAACGAAUGCUAUAUGAAUAAAGAAGCGUGCGAUCGAAAGAAGACAUGGAAGCUGUUGUAUAAAGGAAUGUGUGUCACACGUCCUGUACCGGUGAGACCAGUGCGAAAGCCAAUCUUAGAAAUACCUAAAGGGCCAUACAAUUUGUCUGCAUCCAUAACAGUAGAUUGUUACGGUGACCGAGAGCGCGUAAAGCUGAAAUGGAUUCAAGAGAGACAAGACGGAAUGGAAGUAAAAGUUCCACCAAGUAUGCUGGUGCGUCGUGGAUUAUUUAAAAUUAAUGGAUUUGAAAGGAAGGUGCUGGGACUACAAAUAACAAAUAUUGGUUAUGGAUCAUAUGGUACAUAUUCAUGCAAACAGUACUUCAAUAAGACAUGGUUGGAAGAAAGUUUCAAUCUGCAACUACCGGAUAAACUCAUCUUCAACAGAUCAUCAUGCAAUUUAUCACCUGACAGAGGACAGUGCUACGGACAGUUCCAUAAUUACUACUACGAUUCAAAGGAAAGGAAAUGUCAAAUGUUUAUAUACAAUGGUUGUAGUGGAAAUGCAAAUAAUUUCCAAACUCGUGAAGAAUGUGAAACAAGUUGUGCAGGCAAAUUACCUAAAAGUGGCAAAACGUAUUCCAUUCAUCGUGGAGAAAAAUGUGGAAGAAAGAGAUGUAUGUUUUUUGCAACAUGCAAGCACGAUGCUAGAAACAAUCGAAGUAGUUGCGAAUGCCCUGAGUCAUGUUCCUUAAUACGAGAUGCAGUGUGUGCUUCUGAUGGCAAGACGUAUCCAUCUAUAUGUUUUAUGAAGACGAUUGCAUGUCGAUGGAGGCUGCAUUUGGUGGUGUUGUAUAAAGGCGAUUGUGUUACAAGGUCGACGAAGAGUACAGGUGAAUUAUUAACGCGUCCGAUCACUCUGACAAAAGCCACAUCAACUCCUGCAACUAAACUAAAAGAUUUAUGCAAACUGAAAUCAUGUCCACCAUAUGCAACUUGUUUUAUAAACUUAUUCACUCAAACACCUUACUGUUCAUGUCCAUCCACGUGUAGUUUCUUACCCAAUCAGGUGUGCGCAUCCAAUAUGGAGACUUACAGAAAUAAAUGUUUUAUGCAAAUAGCUUCGUGUAAAAAGAACGUUAAAUAUACUGUUCGACACAGCGGGCCAUGCAAAUUUAGCAGAUAUGACAAAAGAGCGAAAUCUUAAUGGGUACCUACAAACGAUUUGCAUGUUCGAUGUAUUGGUUGUCGAAUAGUGGUGAUCUAAUAAUGUAUGACGUCCCUCUGAACGAUUUCGCUGUUAUGAAGGUGAAAUAACAAGCUAUAUGCCUGUAAUACAUCUUACUUUAAAUGGGUUUAUUUAUUGACAGAAGCAAAACCUGUUUGUUUACCUUCUCACAAGAACACAUGGGAAAAUAUCGUCCGCGUUUUUUGUUUUAAAUGAAAACUUUUUACGCAUAACUACAUCCGUCAAUAUAUAUUUAAGAAAA